CAAUACGAAACGCAGCGUUUAAGGUGUUGUUGUAGCCCUUGUAGGUAAGAGAUACAGCAUCCUAUUCUAAAUCCCGAGCAUAAACCCUAGAGACAGAUUCACAGAGAGACAGAAAGAAAGAGAGAUGGGAAGGUCACGAAGAAAGUACAAGCAAUCGAGGACGAAGGUCCGCGUGGCGCUGCCGAAGAGGAAGCCCAACGUCUUCAAGGCAGCCUUCUGUCUACCUCCGAAGCUUCGCGCCUUACUGGAACAACAAGGCCCAUCCUCUGCCUCAUGGGACGCCGAGGGCACUGUUAUCGAAAACUAUAAGUCCUUCGGCUUCGUUUCUAACCCUAACUUGCUCGGCGUCCGCUCUCGAACCUCUCACAUGAUCGAAAGCGAUUCUCUCCAGGUCCCUCCUCCGCCUCCUUCGGGAGAUGAGCCCGUCGACGGUAGCGACAUCGAAGAAGACGAUUUGAGAUCUAGUCUAGGGAAAAAGCGGAGAGAUGGAAAAUCUGCACCGCUGCAACCAUUAACGGCCAUGCAACGCGUUUAGAAAUGAAUUAGCACACCGGUGUAGAACAACUAUAGGUAGGGAGUGGCUCACGUUUGUGAGAAAGAACCAACCUCUAGUUGGUGACCAUGUUGUUUUCCAGGUCCUUCCCUCC